AUGCACGUUUUGCUGUUGCAGCAGCUCUUGCCGCUUCGAUCAAUCCCUUUGCGUCUGCUGCGCGAUUUGCAGAGCUUGCUGUGCAUCGAGAUCUCAGGGCUGGCAGUCACAGCCUCUGACGUGUACGGGGUGAAGAUCGUGGGGGAAGAGAACAGUUGCCCUCCGCAGCUGCUGCAAUCCUUGCUGCAGCAAGAGCGGCAGCUGCAGCUGUGCCAGCAAGGGCAGCCGCGGAGCAGGCGCCGGGUCACCUCGCAUCCGGCAGUCGCCAAGCGGCUGGAGCUCCAAUCGAGCUUUGAGCGCGUGGAGCCUGAUGUGCAGGCCCUGCUUCUGCGACUGCGCAAGCCGUUUGUGGAUGUUGUGCCCAUCGACCAGGUAAUGACCUACCUGCGCGGAGCAGUGCUUCGUCGAGGACACAAGCAGGUGCUAUCGGGCAGCUGGCAAGAGAUGACAGAACUGCUCCAGCUUGCUCGGGCGGCGUUGGCAGUUUCCAUGCUUCCGUUGCCGCUGUGUCUCAUGCAUAAGGUGGCAGAAUGUGUCCUUCCAGGGGAGUUGUGUGGACUGCUUCCAAAGGUGCAAGCGCAUUGGUCGCGCGUGGAACAAGUACGCUUGAAAAUUCGAAGCUGCGGCGGUUCUGGGAACGUGCCCCUGGUUGCUGCAGCUGGCCCUUUGUCCCGUGCGCAACGCCGGAAGAUCAGCAAGCGCCUCUUCAAAAUAUCGAGGCGACGGUGGUGA